CUUUUCAUCGUUCAGACUGUGGAGGGCUCUCCUCCCUGCCCUCCCAGCCUCUCCUCGCCCCCAGCAGCAUGUCCCAGGCUUUGAGGCUGCCUCCAGUCCUCCACACAGCACACUACCAUGAUCAGAUGGGCUGCUGGAGGGAGUAAGGCUGCCUCUGCCUCGUCCUGCUCCAGGGCUGGGUUAGGGGCUCGUUCUGGGGUCAGAUCUAGACUAAGGUCAUCCACACUGCUUUCCUCCCUGUCUCUGCCUCUCCUGGUGGCCCUCGUGCUCCUCUCUUUCUUUCUUCCCGGGGCAGCCAGCCACCUGAACCGCAGAGACAGAUUGAGGCACACAAACCUACGAACUCUCAGGGUUCCUCUGAACAUUUCUGAGACUGAGGUCAGCGUUAGGCCAAGGGCCACCAGGGGCCCGCUGGGCCGGCAUGUGCGCAGCUACAGUCAUCUGCAGGGGGAUAUACGGAGAAGGAAGCUGUUCUCUUUCCAGAAGUUUUUCCUGAGGAUCGAUAGGAAUGGAAAGGUCAACGGAACCAAGAGCAAAGAUGACCCCCUCAGUAUUCUUGAAAUCACAUCGGUGGAUGUGGGAGUGGUGGCCAUCAAAGGGCUGAACAGUAAUUACUAUCUGGCAAUCAGCAGGAAGGGAGAGCUGUAUGGAGCGAGAGACUUUGGUGUGGACUGCACCCUGAAAGAGCGCAUUGAGGAAAACGGCUACAACACGUACGCGUCAGCUGAGUGGAGGAACAAGAAGCGGCAGAUGUUUGUGGGUCUGAAUGUCCAUGGGAAGCCGCUGCGAGGCAAGAGAACCCGCAGGAGGAACACGGCCACCCACUUUCUUCCAAUUUUGGUGUAAACUGGAGAAUUAAAGGUGGAGAAGAAGGAGAAAAUGCAGCACUGGACUGAGAGGUUUUAAACCCUUAAACUAUUUGUAAAAUAAAGAC